UUUUUAUAUUAUCCUUAUUAGGUGUUUUUGCCUUCUACUCUUCCAUUUUGAACAAGUCAUGCCCAAAAACUGAAGCUUUUCAUUCCUUGCACUGCUCACCAAACCAAACCAAACCGUUUUUUUCCUGGUUAAGUUUCUUAAUUAGGUUUAGGUGAUUGCAUUGCAGGAGAUCGAUCAGAGACAAACGAGUUGCAUGCACCGCUCCAUGACAUGGCGUGCACCUCUCUGUCGAUGAUCAACCCUCCGGUGACCAGAAGCUUCUUCCGCCGCUCAUUCUCCGACAGCAGUAUAUGCUGUUCUGUGAACCAUAUUAGGAAUUCAGCCCCUGCGCACAAGUUGAAGAAAAGCCGCUCCACCGCCGGGAACAUCUUUAGCCUAAAGUUUCCGAGCUCUUUCAUCCCCGGUGCUCUACGCUCAUUCUUGCUGGAUUUGGAAACGGUUAAUUAUAAGGAAAUACAAGUGGAGGAAAUGGUGUUGGAGAGUGAUGAUGAUACGACGGAGGGGGAGAGCGAUCCUGAGCAGAGGCGGAAGAGGUCCAAUUGGGUUGAGAGGCUUCUGGAACUCCGAACUGAUUGGAGUCAGAAACAGAAGAACGAUGAUGAUGAUGCAGAGAGCGAAGAGGACAAAGUUGAAGGUUGCGAUGAACAUGAAUGCGAAGUGAGGUAUGACGACGACGACGAGGAUGAAGGGGAGAUGAAGAGCACAUUUUCCAACAUGUUAAGACGUGUGUCCUCGUCAGAUAUUAUGAUCUUCUCUCGACUUGCCUUUUUGUGCAACAUGGCUUAUGUUAUCCCAGAAAUCAAGGCCAAAGAUCUGCGCAGAUACUAUGGUCUGGAUUUUGUGACAUCUUCAAUAAUGAUGUUUGAGCAGGAUUCCAUGGCCAUAGCCACAGCAGCUCAUCAUCAAUAUAAUAAGCCCCAAGAAAAGCGUAGUCUACUUCCCCGCCCAUCUGUUGCUUAUGAAAUUGCUGCUUCAGCUGCUUCUUAUGUCCAAUCUCGUGCUAAGGACCUUUUAUCUCAAGAUUCUUCACCACAGGGAGACUGGAGCAAAAGCUGCGAAGAAUGCGAAUUAGAAGAGAGCAGUACCUCCUCCUCCUCAGAGAUGGCUGCUGCAUAUGUGGUUGCUGCAUCAGCAGUGACUGCAGUGGUGGCUGCAGGUGAGAAGACAAAAGAGGAGGCAGCUAGGGAACUUCAAUCACCACAAUCCUCACCUUGUGACUGGUUUGUUUGCGAUGAUUCCACCACACGCACACGCUGUUUCAUAAUCCAGGGAUCAGACUCUCUUGCAUCUUGGCAGGCAAAUCUCUUUUUUGAACCCACCAAGUUUGAAGAUACAGAUGUGUUGGUUCAUAGAGGGAUUUAUGAAGCUGCAAAGGGAAUCUAUGAGCAAUUCUUGCCAACAAUAAAGCAGCAUUUGAGUGAACAUGGAGAUGAAGCUAAGUUUCAAUUCACUGGCCACUCUCUUGGAGGAAGUCUCUCACUUCUAGUCAACUUGAUGCUACUCACAAGAAAGGUUGUCAGCCCAACCUGCCUUCUACCAGUUGUUAUGUUCGGGGCACCAUAUGUGUUCUGUGGCGGCGAAAAAGUACUUGAACAACUGGGCUUGAAUGAGAAUCAUGUUCACAGUGUGAUGAUGCACAGAGACAUUGUUCCCAGAGCCUUCUCCUGCAACUAUCCCAACCAUGUUGCCACAGUUCUCAAACGUUUGAAUGCUACAUUCAGGUCCCAUCCUUGCCUCAACAAGAAUAAACUGUUAUACUCUCCAAUGGGAAAAACCUUCAUUCUCCAACCAGAUGAGAAGCUAUCACCUCCUCAUCCAUUACUCCCAACCGGCAGUGCCUUGUAUACAUUAGAAAACAACAAUUGUUCCUCUACCAGGAAAGCUCUAAGGGCCUUUCUGAAUUCCCCUCAUCCGCUCGAAACUCUGAGCGACCCGACAGCGUAUGGUUCUAAUGGUACAAUCCUGAGGGACCAUGAUUCAAGCAAUUAUCUGAGAGCAGUGAAUGAAAUGAUAAGGAAACACCGCAUGAAGCCUCCUCGUGUAAUUAGGAAAUCCAGAAAGCAGAGGAACAUACAGUGGCCAUUGUUAACUUCACAAUCUCCUCAUGCCUGGACCCAAGAAUAUUGUGGUGUAAUGGAAAACACAAGUCCAGUUAGGCAGCUGGAGAUAAUGACUACUGGAGUAUGAACAUAUAUAUAUAGUUUUAAGCAAAUUAAAUUGCUUCAUCCCCCGGCCUGCACAUAUUCUCACAAGUUAUACUCACUUCUAGCUUAGCUUCUAUUAUAUAUAUACUCCCCAAAACUGUAUAUAUAUA